AUGGACCAGCAAAUAUUGUCCCACUUCAGUGCCUUACCGCCGCAGAAUCGGCAUGCCGUAUACCAUGGCAUCCUGGACCAGUUGCGUCGGGCGGAGUGGCGCGAAGUGAAACACCGCGCAGAUCGUAUCACAUUUGAAUGCGAUAUACUAGGAAACGAAAAUCUCCCUCUAGAGAUUGUCGCUCUAAUAGCUGAGCAUCUCCACCUAUCCGAUCUGAUUCGCUUGCAGCGAGUGUCUCGGAAAUGGCACCAAGUUCUUUCAUCCUCUAUGGUGCAGAAUGCGGCCAUCCGAGCCACACUGGCUAGCGGUAUCUAUGAAUCAGAUACAAAAUCUGUGAUUCGAAAACGGUUACGGGCUGAACGGGGUCAACCUGCGGCGACGAUGAAGUUGUCUUCUCCAUUGUCGUCGGUGCAUAAUUAUCCAAAUCGCCCCCUUAACACCAAUCGCGCUUUAAACGUCAAUAAUGCUCGCAAUAUCGGAGCGAUGGGCUAUUCAAACGGAAUCUAUGCGUAUAUAGACGCGCUUGAUGAUCGAACCUCUAUCUCCUUGACAAAUUUAAGGACAGGAAAGAUGGAUCGAUUGACUACAGGAAAUCGUGAGCCUCUGAUUGAACACUCAAUAUCCACGCUUUUGAUCGCGGCAGUAUCAUCACGCGGUUAUUGUCAUGUCUGGGAUCUUCGCACGCAAGAACAAAAAUCCUUUCGAAUAUCCUCAUUAAAUUAUACCCAUAUCUUAAUUAACGGUCUCAACUUGGUUGUCAGCUACCGUUCCACCAUCAUCCACUGGGGCUGGGAAUCGGGCAUUGCUCGAACUAUCCAAUGCCCGACUUGCGUGUUUCUGCUAGUUCCUCACCCGACAGAAGACUCGAUUACGAUGGUUCGUGUCGGCGAAGAGGUGUACUAUGGUAAAUCGAUGGUAAUAGCAGACCAGGAGUGCCAGAUGCAUGUUGAGCAAUACGCUGUCGAUAGCGACUCUAAUGACUUCUACUGUGCACACUCGCAAGAACAGCAGUUUCCGAUGAUCGAGUCCGGAGAAUUAUAUGAUUUAUUCGAUCCACAGGAACUCUUUAAAGGUCAAAGUAGUACCAUUUUGGUACGGAAAAGUCCUUCCGGGGAUGAUAGCGUGAAGAUGUGUUUCUCGCUACAGGGCAAUCAGAUCAUUUGUCACAGUUUCCCGGCUGCGCCUCAAGCAAUGUGGAUGGCUUGCGUGGGCCCUGAUCUGAUCUAUAUCCCUACCAGUGAGCACGGCAUAGUGAUUUUGGACUCGACGUAUAAGAAGUCUCGUGCAGUGUUGUCAACCCAGGACGUGGGCGAGUGUCAACAUUCGAUUCAACGGGGAAUCUCGCUCCAGCGGGCAAUUGACGUUGGACCUUGGUAUUGGGUGUCUGGUGAUAGCGACUUUUUGGUUCUGGUGGAUUACGGAGUCAUGGAAGUUUGGGGCUUUGAUGAUACAUGGGAGCCCUUCAGUGAUCAGCACCCGGAUAGACAGGCUGGUGUUAUUUGA